GCCACCUCACCCUUUCCUCCCCCUGCAACAAGCGGCCUGGGCCCUCCUCUGGCUCAGGUACAACCUCCUCUCCGCAGUACCACCCCUCUGAGCAGUUCAGGAGCGGAAGCCAAGCCACGCGAAAGCCUUAAAGCCUCGCAAAUGGCUUUCAAAUGAAGAACUCCCCAUGUCGUCUUUCGGUGCCCGGGUGAGCCAGGUGGCCUCCAAGGCAGCCAGCUCUAUCUCGCGAGCCAGCAAGUCGGUUCGCAAGGCCGCUUCUCGUGUUGCUACCUCUAUCUCUGGUGGCUCCGGCAAAAGCAAGUCGUCAUCCUCGAGUGGGGAACGGGCGAAAUCGGGGGAGGGCACUGCUGACAUUGGAAACGAGAACGCUGAUGCAAAGAAGUGGACCUCUGGGGUCUACCAAUUUUUUAAACCAGACGUCAAACUACUUAUCGAAACGGAUGGCCGUCCCUACCAAGCGUUUACGUGCGGAGCGAAGAAAUGUAAAGGGAAAGGCGAUUUCAAAGGCGUGAAGCGCUACCAGACACGGUUGGACGGAAAGCCAUCUGGCGACCGGUCCUCUACCUCCGGCCUUAAGAAGCAUGCACGCGCUUGCUGGGGCAAGCUUCUGGUCGACGAGCGGCUCUCCGGCACGUCUGCCAGCGGUCCCCGAGACGGGAACAUCUUUACAUCGUUUGCCAAGGCCUCAACACGCCCUAUUCGCGCUUCACAUCGUACUCACACCGAGCCAGAGUUCCGGGCCCACAUUGUUCGCUGGCUUGCCGAGGCUGCCCGCCCGCUUCGUACGAUUGAAGAUCGCGAGCUGAAGGAACUUCUCGGCGCUGGACGACCCGAGCUUACCGUUCCCAGCCGCUUCACGGUUGCUCGCGACCUUCAGGCCGCAUAUGAGCGAUGUGCAACCCGUAUUGCCAAUCUUCUUGAAAACUACCCCGGGCGCCUCAGCUUCGCGACAGAUGCAUGGACAUCCCCGAAUCACCUUUUUCUCAUCGACAUUUACGAGGUCCCCGAGUCACAUUCAGGCGAAACGUUAGCGCGUGAAUUCAACGAAAUGCUCCAACGCUUUAAUCUCUCGAACAAGAUACUGGCCUGGACCGGAGACAAUGCUACCUCCAACGAUACACAAAAUGACGCGCUGAGCAACAACCUGAACAACGCAUUCGAGGCUGUGAACCGUCAGCGGCGCGGCCAGUCGAUCAUCCAGCAUGGCGAACCUUGA